UGAUCAGACAGCUUCUCGGCCAGCAGGCAGCAGGCAGCUCCCAGCCCUUGGCACUUGGACCCCAUAGGGACCUUGGCCCUCUGCUCUCUGCUCUCUUGGUGCCUGGCCCAGCCCAGCCAGGGAAGAGGAUUCCCUUUCGGUUCUUAGGAAACCAUCGGUUCAGCAGAGCCUCACAGCCCAGUCUCUGCAACUGCAGGUAUGAGGUCCAGGCUUCUGAUUUCAGUGGCCCUCCUGCCAACCAUAAGUGAGACCUCCGAGAUGAUGAUGCUAGGAGGCACUCAGGCCAAAGAUGAGCUGAAAAGUGAUCUUCUCUCAUCACAGAGCCUUGACGACUAUGUGAAGUCCAUUUGUCAACUAGCCCAGCCCACUUCUGUGCUUGAUGGGGCACACCGCCUGCCCUGCAACAGGCCACGAAAACCAUGCAGGCUCAGAGGAAAGACCUUCAAUGAUGUGGCUGCGGCUUCACACAGUGAGAUGUCAAGCCCAAACUCAUCCCUUCAGGACAUCACUGCCUGCUUCAGUGGCCAGCAGCCUGCAUUGACUCUGGGCAACAACAUCGACCCCCUAGACUGGCUUUUUGGAGAAUCCCAACCAAAGCGACAGAGCAGAAAGGAUUCCCUGAGGAGGACUGGCUUAUCCACUGACCCUUCAUCUCUACAUAAACAGAGUGAAAUGGGAAAGUCCAGGGUCACCCGCCGAGUCAGAGCCUAUGAAGCAAAGGUCCCGGGGAGUCCCCUGACAAAACUGUCCAGUGAGUGGAGCAAGGCUUGGGAGAGAAUAACUCAGCCCUCCACUGUGAACACUGCCCUGGAGUAUUCCAGCAGUCCCCACCAGGGUAGAAGACCCCGGUCUUUGAACUCAUAUCUCCCAAUCAUUUAUGAACUGUGACCCCACAAAUAAAGUCUUCUGUAAAAUA